GGACGACGGCCAGAGCACGCUCUACCUGCAGAUGAACAGCCUCAAGGCCGAAGACACCGGCACCUACUACUGCGUGAAAGCAGAUGAUGGUCCCUGGGAUGGUGCUGGUGGUGACCCUGUUGUGGCCAGGGCCCUGAUGGGAUGCACCCACAAGUGCAUCUGGAGAUGCAUCCGGAAAUCCAGACCUGCAGAUGGACAGCCUCAAGGCCUGCUGGUAGAGCGUGCUCUGGCCGUUGUCCUUGGAGAUGGUGAAGCGCCCUCGCACCGCAUCCGCGUAGCCUGUGCUACCAUAGGGCUGGGGGCGGCCGAGCAGCUGGUCGAGUCCGGAGGGGGCCGCCAGCAGCCCGGUGGGAGCCUCCGCCUCUCCUGCAAGGGCACCGGCUUCACCUUCAGCAGCUUCAACAUGGAAUGGGUCCGGCAAGCGCCCGGGAAGGGGCUUGAGUGGGUCGCAGCUAUUUACAGCAGUGGUAGCAGCACAAGCUACGCGCCCUCGGUGCAAGGGCGCUUCACCAUCUCCAGGGACAACGGCCAGAGCACGCUCUACCUGCAGAUGAACAGCCUCAAGGCUGAAGACACCGCCACCUACUACUGCGCGAAAGCAGCUGCUGGUUAUGGUUGUGAUGGUGGAGACCCUGUCCACAGACCAACAAAAUCCCCCGCAAGCAAUUCCCCCGGUCAGGCACGAGGGCAGCAUGGCGUGCAAGAAAUGGAGGAUCCAGCAUUGACCCCUGGGGGAUACCGCUAG